AUGUUAAACAAUUGGAAGCUAGCCAGUUUGAGCGGUAACUACGUGGGUCUGAGUCAAGCAAUCUGGUGCAAUCUGGCACUUCUGCAGUCCGCGCUCUCCGUCGUGAAUGUGACCGUUCUGUUCUCGGUUCCGUUACCACCAAAAGACGAUUCCCAGCGCAAGGCGCUUGCUUCAGAUGAUGCGUGUGAGCUGCUGAAAGCACGCAGCAGGACACGGUGGAAUUCCGGCAUGUUCAUUGGGUGCACCGCGUCUAGCCUCAUGCUGACAGGUAAGACUCCUUACUACAAGUUGCAAGUGGCCAUGAAUGAGACGAAGCUCCAAAUGGAUUAUCAAAGUAUGAUAGUGUUCGAACGGGCGUGGAGAGUCAAUCGGUUGCUCAACGAGAAUGCAGGUGAUUGUCUGACCACCGUCACAACCGGGGAGGAACGUGAUGUCUUCGAAUCUGCGCCGGUCAUGGAUGCUGCUGUCAACGCAUCUUUCAUACUUGUUGGCCCGAUAAAUCGUCGCACUUGUCGUAAGCUCAUUUUCAAGAAGGAAUUCGUCAAUGGACACUUUAGUGUUGAUGGCUGUAGCAAAAUUGAAACAAGCCAAGCUCACCCGUCAUUCAAAUCCAAGUUAACGCGUUACAAACUGAUUGUGAACUCAGACUCGUUGUACUUCGAUCCUUCGGAUUAUUCACUUCCAUUCGUGGCUGAGUUGAAUGGAUUUACUUGCGGGUUCAAUGGUUAUUGGCCUCCAAUUCAUUUGUGACGUCUAAGCAGUCGUGCUGGAAAUCCUACCCAAUCAUUCCCCCGCACUCCGUCUCCCGCUUUCUACUACGUAAUCCAAGACUGUGAUGUUAGUA